AUGUCAUCUGGUGGAUUAUCCAAUCGUGUCAUGAACAUGAAGUUCAUGAAAAAGGCAGAAGAUAAUCAAAUUAGUAAACAAAGAAAAGAAGAACAAAAGAAAAUUCAUGAUUUAUCAGAAUGGAUCAUGCCAAAUCUGGAUAAAUUACUAAAAUUAGCAUCAAUGAAACCAAAAAUUGAAACUGUGGGUUAUGGAAAUAUAAUGAGUAGUUCAAAUUAUAAUUAUUCUUCAACUACUUCUGUAAGAAAAACUUGGGGUGAUGUAAAUAAAGCAAAAUUGGCAGUUGAAGAAAUUACUGAUGAUAAAAAACCAGUAGAUGCUGAUGAUGAUGAUGAACCACCACUUGAUUUAAAUACAAUGUGGAAAAAGAGAAAAUUAGAAUCAUCUUCAAAAUCAAACAAGAAGAAAAGAUUAAACUAG